GUUUCUUACGCGCUCGAGCUCCGGUCUAAACCUUUACCUUUACCUGAAGCCUUUACCGAGCGCGUGUAAAGACUCUGACUCCGGUAACCGGAGACGCGCGCGCUCAAUAAGCGAGCGGCUGGAAAAGCAGCACCGCUAUUGUCCUCGCGCACGAGCGGCUCACGUGCACCUCUGGCUCUCGCGAUGGAUAAACAAACGCGCUGAGAAAGUGUAACGGCGCGCGCACACGCACACACACACACACACACACACCUGAGCGUCCUCAGGUAAGCGGCAGUUUAGUAAUGAACUGAUAUUUUACAUAAUACUCAUUUCGAUGCUAAGAUUUGUGUUGAUGUUAGUAUUUAAGAAGUAAAUGUAAGCAACAGAAUUACUUUUCCUCUUUUAAAGGUUUUUAUAGAAAGCUUUUACUCUGAAGUUCCACCUGUCUCAUUAGCAUCACACCUGUCUUCAUAAUACAUUUAUCAGUGACGUCAAAACGGCACAAAUUAGACCGAAAUAUCGCGAUACUACACGAGAUCUUCGACUUGCUCUGAACUCCGUGCUCGUUUGUCUUCCAAACUCAAACUCCUGGGCUUAAGAGGAGGGACUCAGCUCUUUAUCUCAGGCAGUAUGUCACCAGAGUGGAAAACGUCCAGGCAGUUAUGAGUUCCCUGGUCGACCGCUGAAACGUGACACGGUAGCAGAUGGCGGCUACACAGAGUUUUCUCCGUGCCCAGGUGGACGCUGACCUGCAGUCCAUGCAGGUGGGCUCUGUGAUGCGGAAGGUGAAGUCACGCACCUGGAAGAAGCAGCGCUAUUUCCGCCUGCAGGACGACUGCGCCACCAUCUGGUACAAGAGCAAAAAGGCGGGCAAUGCCCAGUCCACGUUCUCCAUCAGCGAUGUAGAAGCCGUUCGAGAGGGUCACCAGUCUGAAGUUCUGCUCAGCAUCGCAGACGAGUUCCCGCCCGACCGCUGCUUCACGCUGGUGUUUCGCGGUCGCCGUGGCAACCUGGACCUGGUGGCCGAGUCGGCGGAGGAGGCGCAGUCGUGGGUGAACGGAGUGCGCAAACUCAUCAAGAACCUGGAGAACAUGGACCAGAGGGAGAAGCUGGACCAGUGGAUCUGUGACUGGUUCAAGAAGGCGGAUAAGAACGGAGACGGCAGGAUGAACUUUAAGGAAGUCAGAGACUUGCUGAAGAUGAUGAACGUGGACAUGAACGAGCACCACGCGCUGCGCCUCUUUACGAUGGCGGAUAAGUCGGAGUCGGGCACGCUGGAGGACGACGAGUUUGUGCUGUUCUAUAAGAUGCUGACGCAGCGGGAGGAGGUCCUCGCCAUCUUCCGGGAUUUCUCCACAGACGGACAGACGCUCUCGGUGCGGGAGCUGGAGGAGUUCCUGCAGGAGGGACAGCUGGAGCAGGACGACACACAGCGGCACGCCAUCGAGCUCAUCCAGCGCUACGAGCCGUCAGAAGCAGCUAAGCAGCGUCAGGCGAUGACGAUCGACGGCUUGCUGAUGUAUCUCGGCUCGUCCGAAGGCUCUAUCUUUAACCCGGCCAUGCAGCAGCUCUACCAGGACAUGAGCCAGCCGCUGUGCCACUACUUCAUCUCCUCCUCGCACAACACCUACCUGCUGGAGGACCAGCUGCGGGGACACAGCAGCGUCGAGGGAUACAUCAGGGCUCUGAAGCGUGGCUGUCGCUGUGUGGAAGUAGACUGCUGGGACGGUCAAAAUGGAGAACCGAUCGUUUAUCACGGACACACGCUGACCUCCAAGAUUCUCUUCAAAGACGUCGUCACCGUCCUGGGCAACUACGCUUUUGUAGCGUCUGAGUACCCAGUGAUCCUGUCCAUAGAGAACCAUUGCAGCGUGGAGCAGCAGAGAGUCAUGGCUCGUCAUCUCACACACAUCCUAGGAGAGAAACUGUUGAGGAACACCCUGCGGGGCAAAACCAGCUGUGAUCUGCCCUCACCUGAGGACCUGAAGGGGAAGAUCCUGUUGAAAGGGAAGAAGAUUGGAGGUCUGGAAGGGAACCUGAGCGGUGUUGUGGAAGACUCUCUGGGGGCGGAGGUCAGCGAUGAAGACGACCCGGCGGAAAUCGAGGAAGAGAAUCAUCACAACGACAGCAUACGCCGCAAACCCAAGAAAUCAGGGCAGCAUUUGUCUAAAGAGCUGUCGGACUGUGUGGUGUACUGCAGGAGCGUACGCUUCAACGGCUUCAAACACUCGUGCGUCCACUCCAGAUUCUACGAAGUGUCGUCCUUCACCGAGUCGAAAGCCAGGAAACACAUGAAGGAAGGAGGAGCAGAGUUUGUGCUUCAUAACGCACGUCAGCUGACCCGUAUUUACCCCAGCGGCCUGAGGACCGACUCCUCCAACUUCAACCCACAGGAGAUGUGGAACGCAGGGUGCCAAAUCGUGGCUCUGAACUUCCAGACGGCCGGCGUAGAGAUGGAUCUGAACGACGGUCUGUUCAGUCAGAACGCUCGCUGUGGUUAUGUGCUCAAGCCGCCGUUCAUGCGACACACAGAGAACCGGUUCGACCCGGAACACCCACAGAACCGAGCCGGGUACACACCUCUCACUCUCACCGUACAGGUGAUCAGCGGUCAGCAGCUGCCCAAGGUGAACCUGAAGGAAGGCUCCAUCAUUGACCCGUUGGUGCGAGUGGAGAUUCACGGCGUCCCUCAGGAUCAGGCCAAACAGGAGACACGCCACAUUGAAAACAACGGUUUUAACCCCAUAUGGAACGACACGCUGAACUUCACCGUUCACGUUCCUGAACUGGCUCUGGUGCGCUUCAUGGUGGAGGAUUACGACAAAACGUCAAAGAACGACUUUGUAGGACAGUACACACUGCCUUUCUCCUGUAUACAGCAAGGUUAUCGUCACAUCCACCUCCUGUCCAAGGACGGCACCAGCAUCCCUCCAUCCUCACUCUUCGUUCACAUCAGGAUUAAGGAAGCAACUUAACACCUGCUCAGAGCCGAAACGCCGUCUCAGAGGGAUGAGCACACACACACACACACACACACUCCGAGUCUUCCCACUCAUCCGACAGUCAUCGUCGUUAUCACACACUCACUGAACCAUAACAGCAGCAGGUGCUUUUUAAUGUUUUUUUUUUUUUUUAAGUUAAAACUAUAUUUUAUUGUAUAGCUUUACAUUCUGUAGAUGUACGAGUUAUUAUAGUGCGCCAAAACUUAUUUUUAAUCCCUUAUACAUUCAGGAGACUGCGUGAAAAAUAUUCCAGUGUUGAUUAUUCUACAGCACUGUGCAGUGUGUGGUCUAAUUUAUGCUUUUUUUGGUUUUCUUGAAGACCUAAAGUGCGAUAAACAACAUUUUUACAUUUUAGUUCUACGCUAUAUGGUCACAUGACUUACGACUAGCUAUAUAACUUUAUCUGGACCAACCGGUGUGUCCCGGCGGCUACGUGACGAAAACUAAUUGAUUGAUUGAUUGAUUGAUUAACUAAUUAAUUGAUUGGUUGACUGAUUGUUUGGUUGAUUAACUAAUUAAUUAAUACUUGAUAAUUAAAUAAUUAAUAAUUUAUAAUAUUUUGAACAACAUUGAAAUGUUAACAUUGAAUAACCAAUGUCGUGAGAACACUGUUGCUAGGCAACAGGGGAACAUGGGACCCCGAGCAUAAGCUAGGUAAUGAUGCUAAUGAUGUAUCUACUUAGCAUGUAGCUGUUGUGUGGUUUAUACAGACAGUAGCAGCAGAAACCUUAGUAACAUCGGCAUUUCCCUCAAUUUUCAAUUUUCAGUUACCGAGAAAGAAUGACGCUGUAAUUUGUAAUUACACUUAGCAUAAAUUUUUACGCCAUUUUCACAAACAUCAUGAAACAUUGCGUUCGUUCUUCUCAUAAACAGUGACACACGAUCAUGUCUGGACAUACUAACACAUCCUGUACCCUUUAUACAGCACUAACAUUAGUAUUAAUAAUAAUAAUUCAUAAUCAUAAAAUCCCUAAUACUUUAUUUUCCUGCAGUGUUCUGAUCUUAAGUAUUAAUAAGAUACGUGCUAUACUAUAAUAUUAAAUUCUACACCAUGUUGUGAUAUUACAAAGUGCUGCCACUAUGUUUCGUUCCUGAGUCGGUGGCGUUUUUGUGCCCUGGGUAUAAAAGUCUGUAAUAUAAAAAUAUUUCGUAUUUUUCUGACGCAUUUGGAUUCAUUCUAAUUCAGUAUGAUGUUAACGUGCUGUACGUAAACAGUGAUAAAAGAUUUAGACAAUUAUAACAUAUAAAUAAAUCAUAUCAGAACAUAGAUAAGGCCUUUGAUAGGAAUGUUUCCUAGUUUCUGCUCUGAUUUUGUAAACUCACGCUGCUGGUCAAUAGUAUUAUUUUUUUAUACACUGUGCUGUUAUUGUGGUUUAUUGGAAAGCGUCGUAAAGGAACAGUAAACCGUAAACCUGCUGUUUGUACAGACGUGACUCCACGUGUUCACGUGAUCAUUGCCACACGCAGCCGAGAAUAAAGACCGUUUUGAGUAUGUGUCUGUGAUUUGUCCGUUUAACUUUUACGUCAUGAUGAUG